UUGAUCAUCAUGCAUUUGGCUUCACACACUUGGAUGCGCCCAGAGCCUCUGGAAAAGACCCUCGAACGACUCAGUCGCCUUGGGUACACUAGCGUCGAACUAGCUGGUGAGCCGGAUCAGUUCCCCAUCGAAGAAACACGCCAGCUCCUUCAAAAGUACAACAUCAAAUGCUGGGGCACAGUCACCAUCCAGCAGGGAAAGCGGAACUUGAUCGCCGCGGACGCUCAGCAACGACGGGAUACCAUCAACUACAUGAAAGAUGUGGUGACCUUGUCAGCAGAGCUGGGGGGACAAAUCAUCACUAUUGUACCUGGCAAUGUCGGCACGAUCAUCCCCACAUCAACCCCAGAGAAUGAAUGGGCAUGGGCCGUCGAAGGCCUCCGCGAAGUGGCCGCAUUCGCAAAGGAAAAAGGCAUUCGAGUUGGACUCGAACCUCUCAACAGAUUCGAGACGUACUUCCUCAACAGGACAAACCAGGCUCUCGCCCUCGCCGACGAGGUUGGCUACGACGUGGGAAUCGCCUUUGAUCCCUUCCACUUGGCACUCGAGGAGAAGGAUCUCAUCGCUGCCAUCCGGGCGUGUCGGGGCCGAAUUGUGGAUUUCCACGUGGGAGACAACAAUCGCCUUGCUCCGGGCGAUGGAUCACUCGAUUGGCCCCGGAUUAUGGAGGCUCUCGUCGAAGCAGGCUACGAUGGCGCCUUGUCAGUAGAAUUCAUGCCAUCGAUUGAUCGUACACCUGUUGGGAAGUUCGGGGCGGGGCAGUUGGAGACAAGCAACGUGGAGGUCACGGCGGACCUUCUCAAGUUCAUCAUUGAUCAUGGAUCUGGGUUGCUCUCGGAGAGUUACUACACCGAGCUGUUGAGGCGAUCUGCCAAGACUCUCGCUCCUUACGUGGAAAAGUGA